AUGUCACAGACUGUUGUUACGUCUACUACAGCAAGCGGCGUUCCACAAAAAGUUGCUCCGGUCUCCUCAAGAGGCUAUUUCAUGACCCAAAGAGGUGCGUCAAAUAUGGCUAUGGGAAAUGGCAACCCUCACAAGAUCCCUAAGUUUGACGACCCAUACAAGCAGAGAGAAUGGAUGUUGGAGCACAUGGCUGGAGCAUUCAGAGUUUUUGGCAGGAAGGAUUUUGCAGAAGGUACGGCAGGCCAUAUUUCUGUUAGAGAUCCUGUUGACCCUACUACUUUCUGGAUAAACCCAUUGGGUAUCCAUUUCUCUAUGGUUACAGCUGCAGACAUGAUUCAUAUUGAUGAGGAUGGUAACAUUAUAGGAGGCAAUACCAGUGGUACUAUAAACGCCGCCGGUUUUGCCAUUCAUUCUGCGUUGCACAAGGCAAGACCAAAUAUCAAUGCUGCGUGCCAUACUCAUUCAGUUUGGGGGAGAGCAUUUUCUUGCUUUGGUAAGCCUUUGGAGAUGUUGAACCAAGAUUCAUGCUAUUUCUACAAAAGUCAUGCAGUUUAUGAAGACUUUGGUGGCACUGCAGUUGAGAAAGAAGAAGGUGAGCGCAUUGCUAAGUGUGCUGGGGAAACGGGUCGUGCACUAAUAUUGCAAAAUCACGGUUUAUUGACAGUUGGUGAAACAGUUGACGAAGCUGCUUACUUGUUCACUUUACUUGAAAGAACUUGCAAAAUUCAAAUGAUGGUGAAUGCUGCGGAAACCGAAUUUUACAGGAAGCAAUUGAUUGGCGAGGAUGAAGCAGCCUACACUAACUUCAUUAGUGCAGACCCAGAAAGUAUGUACAUGGCUUUUCAACCAGAAUUAAAUUUAGAAAAGUUCAGAGAUGAUUCUUUCAUGUCGUACACUAAGCAUCCAAGACAUGACAAAUAA